AGUUCGUCUGCUAGUGCGUGGUGUUUGCUGUUUCCUUAAACGUCGAUCAAUAUGUGGGAUUUGGUUGGCGCCGUGUAGAAUUUGCAAUGCCUCAAGUUUUUCCAUCUGUUAAGAUAUGGAGUUUAAGUUUAAUCUUAUUUGCUGCUGUCACCUGUUGUUACUCCGCGGCACAUAUCGAGAAUGACGACAAUGUGCUACACAUAGGAGGAAUAUUUCCUAUUGGAGGAAAAGGUGGCUGGCAGGGUGGUCAGGCAUGUGAACCAGCUGCUAAUCUUGCCCUGGAAGAUGUAAAUGCAAGACCAGACCUACUGCCAGGGUUCACACUCAAAUUACAUUGGAAUGACAGUGAGUGUGAACCUGGCUUGGGAGCAUCAGUCAUGUACAACUUGUUGUACAAUAAUCCUCAGAAGGUGAUGCUUCUAGCUGGCUGCAGCACAGUAUGCACAACUGUUGCAGAAGCUGCAAAAAUGUGGAACCUUGUAGUACUUUGUUAUGGUGCCAGCUCACCAGCCCUAUCUGAUCGGAAUCGCUUUCCAACACUGUUUCGUACUCAUCCAUCAGCUACAGUGCAUAAUCCAACAAGAAUAAAACUCAUGGAAAAAUUUGGUUGGUCUCGUGUUGCCAUACUGCAGCAAGCAGAAGAAGUAUUUAUCUCGACUGUGGAAGACUUGGAAGCACGUUGCAAAGAGAGUAAUAUUGAAAUUGUGACUAGACAAAGUUUCUUAAGUGACCCAGCAGAUGCUGUACGGAAUUUACGAAGGCAAGAUGCAAGAAUCAUAGUUGGUCUUUUCUAUGUUGUCGCAGCUCGGAGGGUGCUUUGUGAGAUGUAUAAGCAGAAUAUUUAUGGGAAGUCAUAUGUCUGGUUCUUUAUAGGUUGGUAUGAAGACAACUGGUUUGAAGUAAAUUUGGAAAAAGAAAAAAUAGAAUGUACUAAAGAACAAAUGAAAAUCGCUGCUGAAGGACAUUUGACAACAGAAGCACUGAUGUGGAACCAAAAUAAUCAGCGCACAAUUUCAGGCAUGACAUCAGAAGACUUCCGCCAGAGGCUUAAUGAAGCUUUGAGCUCACGCUACGACAUAGCUAACAUGCGCUAUCCUGAAGGCUACCAGGAAGCUCCUCUGGCAUAUGAUGCGGUGUGGGCUGUGGCUCUAGCUUUCAAUAAGACAAUGCAACGCCUUCGCCGCCAAGGGAUGAGUCUAAAAAAUUUUACUUACACCAACAAAGAAAUAGCAAAUGCUAUUUACUCUGCAAUCAACAGCACACAGUUCUUAGGAGUAUCUGGUAUUGUUGCAUUCAGCUCUCAAGGUGACAGAAUUGCUCUGACACAAAUAGAACAGGUGAUUGAUGGGAACUAUGUAAAGUUGGGCUACUAUGACACACAGAGUGAUAAUUUGACUUGGCUGAACAAAGAGCGUUGGAUAGGUGGGAAAGUUCCACAGGAUCGUACAAUAGUUCGAAGGGUUCUCCGUACAGUUUCUUUGCCCCUUUUUAUAUGCAUGUGGACAAUAUCAUGUGUGGGCAUCAUGGCAGCGAUUGCUCUAAUUGUGUUUAAUGUUUGGUAUCGCCAUAGGAGGGUCAUUCAGUCAUCGCAUCCGGUGUGUAACACAAUUAUGCUGGUUGGUGUCUGUGCUUGCCUGUGGUCAGUUUUCUUGCUAGGCCUAGAUGGACAGUUUGUGAGUCCUAAUGUAUACCCAGUAAUUUGCCAGGCUCGUGCUUGGCUGCUUUGCACAGGAUUUACACUUGCUUAUGGUGCCAUGUUUAGUAAAGUGUGGAGAGUCCAUCGUCUUACUACAAAAGCAAAGACUGAUAUUAAGAAAGUUGAACCGUGGAAACUGUACCUCAUGGUAACUGGAUUUCUACUUGUUGAUGUGGUGUUGUUACUCACGUGGCAAAUAUACGAUCCCCUUCAGAGACGAAUUGAGGUUUUUCCAUUGGAAGAUCCUGUUUCAACUGAGGAUGAUGUCAAAAUUAGACCUGAAUUAGAACACUGUGAGAGUGAAAAUAACAACAUUUGGCUUGGUGUGAUGUACGGUUACAAAGGCUUAGUACUGGUUUUUGGACUGUUUUUGGCAUACGAGACACGAAGCAUCAAAGUGAAACAGAUAAAUGACUCUCGUUAUGUGGGAAUGUCUAUUUACAAUGUUGUGGUGUUGUGUCUUAUUACUGCUCCUGUUACAAUGGUCAUAGCAUCACAACAAGAUGCUAGUUUUGCAUUUGUUGCUCUUGCUGUAAUAUUUUGUUGCUUCUUGAGUAUGGCUCUUAUAUUUGUGCCAAAGGUAAUAGAGGUGAUCAGACAUCCACGUGAUAAGGCAGAAUCAAAAUACAAUCCUGAUGUUGGCAUGACAAAAGAAGAUGAGGAAAAAUACCAGAAACUGGUGGCAGAAAAUGAAGAAUUACAAAAGCUAAUAGCUGCUAAAGAAGAGAAAAUCAGAAUGCUGAAGUUACGCCUCCAAGAACGAGAAGCAGCUAAAGCAGCAGCUGGAGUCAGUUUGGCACAACAGAGCUCUUCUCACCACCACCAGCAGCAAAGUCAGCCAGAACAUGGUGCACAGCAGCAGCCCCAACAGCAGGUGGAUGACGCCCUUCCUACAGGAAUGAGCUGCGUAUAAUAUGCUAGCUCCGUGACGUCUGUGAUUCUCAACAUGCUUUUCCAACACCUGGAUUGUCAUCUUACCAAGGUCUCAAACAUUCUGUUAAAAAAGUGAUAUUUUAUUUGUGGUACAGCUGACGAAGGUUUUUUAAUGUUUUCCUCUUUCUUGAAUGCUGAUUUCUCAGCUUCUAUGUGCUCAUUCAAAAUUAUGCUCAGAUCAUAAUUGUUAUGGUCUGAACUUGAAUAGUCUUAAGGAAUAUGUGUGUAUGAUAGUGAAUAUUAAUAGAUGCUUGUGAUGUGUCAGCCCUGUGAUGAAAGGCAGUACUAAUAUAUGCCCAUAUGAGAAUGUUGUGUGUUGUAGUUCAUACUGAGAAGAUUGUGUGUGUUUCCAUAUUGCUCUGAGGUAUGCAAUAUUCUGUGCCAUACUGCAUUUUUCCCUCAAGAAGUUCUGUGGAAAUAAAAAACAAUUUUGCGACGUAUCUGAAGUAUAUGGUAUAAUAUUUAUCCAUUAAAGAAUCAGUGUGCUUGCUAGGGACAUAUAUACAGUUUAUUGUGUGUGUGUGUGUGUGUGUGUGUGUGUGUGUGUGUGUGUGUUUUCAAGUGCAAGCUGAAAUGUCAUAAAAUGUCCAGCAUGCCUAAAUGACAUGUCAUCAUUGAAAUAACAUAUAUUUGGUCUUUUAAACCAGUUAUCAUAUUACAGGCUAUGAGUACAUAUGACAACUGGGACAAGAUAUAUCUUACUUCGACAAUGAUGUCAUUUAGGCAUGUCCAACUGUUUAUGACGCUUCAGCUUGCACUUGAGAUUGGGUAUAAAGCUAAAAUUAUUAUUGUGUGAAAUUGCUGAAUAGAAAUUUACCGUCAACUAGUGGAAACUUGUUUCAAAAGUUCCCUAUGACUGUGGUCCCCCAAGAAGUGAAAACCAGUGGGGAAAAAGCAGUAUCAGCACUAGGUGAAACUGCUAAUUUUUAUUGUGUUGUCAGUGAAUAGGAAAUUAGCAACAUUUGUUUAUAAUUUCUCUGUUAGUGUGCAUGCUGUGUUAUAAAAUUAGGAUAUAUAAUUAUCCUUUAAAGUAUUUGAAGUAGUCUCGCAAUGUGCUGCUGUGAUGUGUUGUGGGUAGUUUAUCAUAGUCUCAUACUGAAGAACAUGUCAUAAGCUUAAUGUCACUAACUUUUACUAGUGACAGUUAAAAUUCGUACGUAGUUAUAGGGUUCUCCUUUGAAGGUGGGUUUUUGUUGUGACAUGAAUUAUUAAUUCUGUAGAUGUGUUUAGGAAAGUUUUGGCAGAAUGUAAAUAAUUUAGGAGGAAAUGACAGAUACACACACACACACACACACACACACACACACAGAGUCAGCUGGCAAUGUUGAAAGACAACAGUGUGUGUGUGUGUGUGUGUGUGUGUGUUGUAUUUACAGUUUAUUGUUUUCUUAUGUUCAGAACUAGAAUAUCUGCAUAUUAUUCUCAGCUAUUUUGAUUCAGUGUAAAAUAUCACAGCAGCUCAUUUUAAACUAUCACAUAUCCUAACAGUCCUUGAAAUUGUAAAUUAGCUGUUUAUUUUUAAAGUUGGAAGAAAUGGAACAAAUUUUAUUUAACUGAAUUGUGGGAAUAUCAGUUAAACAAUUAUUUCCACUUAUAUUCUGCCUAAAAAGACUUGUUGAAUACCUCUACAGGCCCUGUAAUUUCUGAGAUUGCUUAAACCAUGUUCCCUGUAACAGACAGAACUGAAAUUUUAAAGCUCACAUUUUUCAGUCACAUUGAAUUUAUUUAUUCCUUCCCCCGUAACAUCUUACUAUGUAUCCUAAAGUAUGUCACCUUGGAGAUGGCAUCAAAUUAUUCUUGGCCUGCACCCUGGCUUUCUGAUCCUUGUGUUUACUUCAGUUGUGUUAUAAUGAAGGAACCAAUAAUUCAUAUUCAGAACUGGUUGCCAUUGGAGUAAGGUAAAUUAAAUUCAAGUUACUUACAAUUUUUUUGAAAAUUCCAUUUCCCAAGUACCAAGUCUGUGAAUGUAUUUUGUCAUGCUUUACAUUGUAGUUGCCAGUAUGUUGAGAAGAUAAAAAGGCCAUGACAUACCUGUAUGGAUGCAUGCUGUAAGAGAUCUGUUAAAGAUGGAUGACGCCCAACAUUUUAUGUUAGUGUCCAUGUAGACUUACUGAUAGUGCAGAAAGAAUGAACCCAUGUUACAUCAUAUAACAGAAUGAAUAAAUUUUAUUUCAUAUAAGUGCACCCUGC